AUGCAUAGCAAAGAUGAUGUGUGCCCAACACAGAAAAAUGCUACUAUUACUAUAUCACAUAAGAACAAGUUUUUAUCAAUAUUAAGCAGAUUUCAUGCGGGUUAUUUUAGAAUAAGCCUUUCUUUAUGCGGCCAAGCAUGGAUUGGCCCAAUCCGCCAAGCAUUAUUAUGGAAAACAUUAAGUGAGCCAUCGGAUGAUAUUCAUAAAUUUAGAAAUAUUUUUCGAAGGCUUCCCUCUACAGCCUUCAUUCUGUUAUGGUCAUUAGCCUUAUUCUCAUUAGCAUCACUCUCUUUACUAUAUCUAUUUCGUGUCAUCUUUCAUUUCGAAAGGGUUAAAAGUGAGUUCUUGCACCAUGUUGGAGUGAAUUACCUUUUCGCCCCGUGGAUUUCUUGGCUUGUUUUGCUUCAAGCAACCCCAUUUUUCAAACCCAAAGAGGCAUAUUUUCUUCUACUUUGGUGGAUCUUUGUUAUACCUAUAGUGGCACUAGAUAUCAAGAUAUAUGGACAGUGGAUCACAAAGGGGAAGCGCUUUUUAUCAGGAGUGGCGAAUCCUACGAGUCAAUUAUCUGUUAUUGGGAAUUUGGUAGGAGCAAGGGCAGCUGCCCAGAUGGGAUGGAAUGAGUGUGCACUUUUUUUGUUUGCAAUUGGAAUGUCACAUUAUUUAGUGCUAUUUGUCACACUUUACCAGAGGUUGCCAGGAAGUAGUUCCAUUCCGGCAAUGCUAAGGCCAGUAUUCUUCUUGUUCUUAGCUACUCCAAGCAUGGCAAGCUUGGCAUGGGAUUCUAUUUAUGGAAAGUUCGAUAUUUCAUCCAAGAUGCUCUUUUUCCUCUCCCUCUUUCUUUUCCUUUCACUGGUAUCAAGACCAGCGUUAUUUAACAGAUCAAUGAGGAAAUUCAAUAUAUCAUGGUGGGCAUAUUCUUUCCCUUUGACAGUGCUGGCAAUGGCAUCAGCUAAAUAUGCCCAAGAAAUGAAGAACACUGCUUCACACUUAUUAAUGCUUCUCCUUUCUGGACUAUCAGCAGUAGUGUCACUUGUCUUGAUGAUCUUCACUGCGUUUAAUUCCAAUUCAUUUUUACCGGGCCAUGGUGAUGAUGCAAUGUCCUCACUACAAGAAAUUACUGGAAUGACUACAAUUCUUUGGCAACAAAAAUAA